CUGGUCUAUCUCUAUUUGCAUUAGGUCUUCCCUUUGCUCCAUAACAAAUAUAAACACGUAGCGAUACAUAGAGAGACGGAGAAACGAUGUCGAUCGAGAGCUGCACUGAUUUCCAAGAGCUGCCGGAGGGUUGCAUAGCGAACGUGCUGUCGCUUACAAGCCCUGAGGAUGCCUGCCGGCUGUCGUCGGUAAAUUCCACGUUCUGUUCGGCUGCGGAAUCUGAUGCCGUCUGGGAGAGGUUUCUGCCGACGGAUUAUCGUGACAUUUUUUCCCGAUCAAUUGACGGUGCUGAUUCGUUUCUCACUAAAUUUCGUACCAAGAAAGAGCUUUAUCUUUACCUCUGUCAUAAGCAUAUCCUCAUCGACGGUGGCACCAAGGUAAUAUAACCAUAUCUUCCAACUAAUUUUCCUGCUUCUAUUGCUUCUCUGUUUUACUGCUUCUCUGUUGUUGUAGAGCUUUUCAUUGGAGGAAAGCACAGGAAAGAAGUGCUUUAUGCUGGCUUCAAGGGACCUCUUUAUUGCGAAGGGUGAUGUACCUAAAUUUUGGCAAUGGAUCUCUUAUCCUAACUCCAGAUUUCCAGAGGCCGCAGAGUUUCGCGCCGUGCUUGGGUUUGAAAUUCGUGGCAAGAUAAAUUCUGGCAUACUUUCUUCAGGAACUAAAUAUGCAGCUUACCUCGUGUUCACUCCGAAAUCAAGAACCAAAGGAUUUCAGUACCGACUUGCUGAGGCUUGGAUAAUUAUUGGACAAGAAACUAACCAACAAAUUGUCUGUAUAGAUCCUGAUGAAGAACAGAGGCAAAGGUGCCAGACUGUUCCUAGCUUCACAUUUUUCAUGCAACCAAUCUCUCUUGUAAUUAGACGGGUGGACAACAUGACCACAAAGUCCAAUAGAAAAUAUCCCAAGCUCAGAGGUGAUGGAUGGAUGGAAGUUGAGUUGGGAGAGUUCUUCGUCAUGGAAAAACAAGAUCGGGACGUGAAAAUGAUUCUUAAGGAGUUCAAGGGGAGAUUCUGGAACUGGAAGUGUCGUCUCAUUAUUCAAGUUAUUGAGAUCAGACCAAGAGCUACGUGAAUAUUUGAUCAUGGGUAUGCGAGUCCAACUAUAUAUGUAGUCCCAAUUCAGCUCAUUAACUUGUCUUUAUUUAUAACAAUUUUAAGCUUUUUGUGAAUCGUGGAACAAGGAUUAUCCUUUUCUUCUUUUUUUAUUCUUUCAGUACGUUUCCAGUGAAAGAAUAAUUUUCAAUGUUCGUUUAUUAUCAUGACGACCUUUAGAGAGUUUGCUUGAACUUGUGGCUCGAAAGGUUUUCUAACGCCAAUAAUGAGUUUGCUGGAAGUAUGGUCAUGUUGAAAUUUCAGUAUCAUUGUCGCAUCACAGAGAGCUUCUUCAGUAGAAUCAAAUCAGGUUUGUGGAAGCAGCCGUAUAAUGAGUUUGCUGGAAUUUUCUCUUUGAGUCUUUUCCUUUUCCUUCAUCUUUUCUGUUGAUCUCCAACCCUUGGUUGGUUGAUUCCUUCUAGUUUUCGAGUGAUUCUGAGUCUCUAUAAUUCUUGUUGUGAGAAGCGUGUGUUUGGAUCUUCAGUUUGACGGCUCCUGGUUUAUAGAAGCAGCGUGGACUGACCUUUAAGGGUUUGAGUUGGGUCUUUUGAUUUGUACAGAAGGGUGCAAUGCCUAAGCCCUAAAAUUUGUGAUACUUGUUUGACAACCAUUAUGGUAGA